AUGUUUUCAGCUAUAUAUCCGCAAUUUGAAUCUAAAUUCAAAGAUGCUGGGUACCUCCGUGAACGUGCAAUUUUAACUCCGUUGAAUAAGACAGUCACGUAUAUGAAUGCUCUUAUUGUUGAUAAGCUCCCCGGUAAGUUAUAUUCAUAUUUCAGUGUAGAUUCUGCUGAAGAGUUUGCUGGCACUGAUAGUGAUUUAAGUUUAAGUUUCCCUGCUGAGUACCUUAACUCGCUUCAUACUCCUGGUUUACCACUUCAUGAGUUGAAAUUUAAAGAGGGUGUGAUUGUAAUGCUCAUGCGUAAUCUGAAUCAGACCAUUGGUCUAUGUAACGGGACUCGCAUGAUUAUUACCAAAUGUCUGAAACAUUGUGUAGAAUGCAAGGUCAUAUCUGGUUCUUACGUUGGUACAAGGCACUACAUUCCUCGAAUUAACUGUUGUCCAACCGAUUCUAAGCUUCCUUUCAAGCUAAUUCGUAAACAGAUGCCUUUACAAGUGUGUUAUGUCAUAACCAUUAACAAAGCUCAAGGCCAGUCUUUGGAGUCUGUUGGUUUGUAUUUGCCCGAGCCUGUUUUCACUCAUUGGCAGCUUUACGUGGCUGUUAGUCGAGUUACCAGUCCAGCUGGUCUUAGGAUCUUUAUUGAUGAUACUGAGGGAGGAAGUACCUCUGUAACUGAUAACGUUGUAUUUAAAGAGGUUUUCUAG